GACUAAUUCAGUGGACGAGACCUUAGCCGCAUACAAUCAUCUGGUUGCUGCGUAGGCAGUGUAGAUAAUUACGUUUUAAAAGCGUCGUGAAGCCGUGUAAAAGUCAGCUGGUUGCUGUAGACAGUGUAGACAGUUACGUUUUAAAAGCGGUGCGCGUCGUGAAGCCGUGUAAAAGAGAUAUCGUGAAAAUGUGGCCGUUUCAUAGUCAGUGUAACAGUACAGCAAGACUCGUCGGCAAAACCGUAAUUAUAACGGGAGCGAAUACAGGAAUUGGCAAGGAGACCGCUAGAGAUCUCUAUAGAAGAGGAGCAAGAGUAAUUUUAGCUUGUCGAGAUAUGCAAAGAGCAAACGACGCAAUUGAAGAUAUAAGAAGAAAUCCUCCCUCAAAAGCAGAUAGGGAACAGUUUCAAGGUAAUCCAGGUGAACUCGCGGUCUAUCGUUUGGACCUGUGCAGCCUAAAAAGCGUAAGAGAAUGUGCUGAGAUGUUGUUGAAAAAUGAAUCAGCCAUUCACUUGCUGAUAAAUAACGCUGGUGUGAUGAUGUGCCCGCAAGAAAAGACCGAAGAUGGAUUCGACUUGCAGCUGCAAACAAACCAUCUUGGUCACUUUCUCCUGACGCUCCUGCUACUGCCAAAAAUGCAAUCCUCCGGUUAUGGUUGUAAAAUAUUGAAUGUUUCGUCGUGUAUGCACAUGUUUGGCGCUGUGCAUGAGGACCUAAAUUUGGAGAAAACAUACACUCCCUUCAGAGCAUAUGCACAAAGUAAGCUAGCGAACGUAUUGUUCACCAAGGAACUCGCUCGUCGGUUAAAAGAGGCACACAUUUACGGAAUAAAUGUAUAUUCUUUGCAUCCCGGAGUUAUAACGACAGAAUUAGGUAGACAUUUUAGCAAGACAGUAUUUCCAGGUGCAAGCACUGGUUUUCGAUCGCUUCUGCGACCAAUUUUAAAGAAUCCCGAACAAGGUGCACAAACGACUAUAUAUUGUUCAGUAGCCGAACAGGCAGCUAACGAGACUGGUCUCUAUUAUAGGGAAUGCGGCGUUGCGACUCCACAGUGGCGAGCACGAAAUGAUCAAAUUGCUGAAAAUUUAUGGAAUCAAACCUGUCAGCUUCUGAAGUUGGAACCUGAUACAGAUUUCCUCAGAUUUUUGACAACUGUUUCGCAUCAAAUUGCUAAAUAAUGUAUUUAAUUAGUAUUUAACAUACAUUAAGUUUAAAAUAAUGUAUCGUUUAAAUUAAAUGUACUUUUGUUUGCUAAUUAUUAUGUGUACAUUUGAAGUAAGUAAAAAUAGAAAACAUGUUUCUUUAACAAAUAGAUAAGUUCUAAAGAUUGAUUAUAAGAUGGAUUAUAAUAAUGAUUAUAAGAUAAAUUAU